AUAAAUAAGGGGGGGGACAAAGGUAUUUUGCUGAAUAUCAACUUAUAUUUUAAGCAAAUUGUUAAUUACAUUCCAAAGAAGGUCGUGAUGAUGAACACAUAUUUUUUAUAAAAAGUGCUGUACAUUUAUUUAGUUAUAAAAGUGUUUUUGUUGUGAUAGAUAAUUCUAUUAAGUUUAAAUUACAUUUUAAAGAUGUUUAAUAUAAUUGUAAACAAAAAAAUGGUACCAAUGAAAAUGAACUUUUUCUUUCUAUUUGCAUGUGUAGGACCUAUAAUUGGCUUUUUACCUACAAUAGCGAAACAAUUGGGGUACUCAAUAACCACUUACGGUGUCGCUAUGACUUUUAUAUCGAUGAUAAAAAUGGUUAUGUCACCUGUAGCUGGUAUAAUCGUCGACACAUUCCGGGUGAAAAGAAAGUCAUUUUUUACGAUGACACUAUUGCUGAUUGUGAUUUCAAUUGUCUUCAUGUUUAUACCAAAAGUGCCUUCGGAGAUAGGCGUGGAAAUUAAAUGCGAAUCUGAAAUUAUUUUGAUUGUCCAUACCGAUACCGUUCAACAAAGUACACAUAACACGUCGAUGUUUAAUGACGAGAACAACGAUGAAUUGAUCACAUGCAAGGUUUCAGCGAUUAUUGGAUGAAAACCACCAAUAAUGAUAUCGAAAAUAUUAACGAUCGUAGUCAGAUUGAUGUUACAUUAAAAUUGAAAGAUAUGGAACAAACUGAAAGUUCGUAUGUUUUCCACUUGUCGUCCGUCCAAAUGAACGGUACGGACAUUCCUCUAACAUGUCAAUGUAAUUUAAAAACAUUUUGCCACAUCUCAUGUUCUAAUGAAGACAUCAUGCGGAUAGCUACUGUUCCAACAUACAGAGGAAACGUUCUUAAUUUGUAUCAAUUUUGGAUUUUUUUCAUAACUGUGACUGUGUUGUGGUCUUGCAUAGCUAUAACGUUAACUUUACAAGGCUCAUUAUGUCUCGAUCUAUUAGAAGACAAAUCCGAGGAUAUUGGAAAACAAAUAUGUUGGGCAUCAUUGGGUUUGGGCAGUUUUUCCAUAUUCAUCGGAUGGCUUGUGGAUUGGUUUAGCAUAAAUAAAAAGGAAAAAGAAUAUUCACCAGUUUUUUACUCAUGUAUUUUAUUCUCAAUUUGUAAUUUAUUUGUCAUAAACAAACUUAAAAUAAUUGAAACGAAAAAAACCGAAGGAAAAUUGAAGAGUAUAUAUGGACUGUUAACUAAACAUUAUGUGAUUUUAUUUUAUAUAUGGGUAAUAUCAAUCACAUUUCUCCAUACAAUUAUUACACAUUUUCUAUUCUGGUACAUGGAGGAUUUAGUUUCUGCUAACAAUGACCACAGCCAACGGGCAUGGAUAAAAACGCUUCAAGGUCUAGCUCAAGGCAUCCAAUGUUUUGGCGGUGAAAUACCAUUUUAUUUCUGUUCCGGUUGGAUAAUCAGAAAGAUGGGUCACAUUAACUGCAUGGUCUUAGUGAUGGGAGCCAUGGCUAUCCGGUUGUACCUUUACACAGUCAUCUGGAAUCCAGCUUGGAUCAUUGCAAUAGAGCUAUUGAAUGGCGUAUCGUACGCAUUGGGAACGUCGGUGAAAAUGUCGUACGCGAAAAUUAUGUCACCCGAGGACUCCACGAACACUAUAAUCGGGAUAUUAGUAUUUUUCGAUGGCAUUGGUGAAUCUUUAGGUAGUCUACUGGGCGGAUUUUUAUUCGGAUCAUACGGUGGAGUGUGGUCGUUUCGAUUCUUCGCCUACAGUUCUGCUUUUUUGUGCUUUUUAAACAUACUAACCAAUCGUUUUGGAUUGACUAAAGAUUUGACAAAUUAUGGUUUUGCAGCAGUGCCUACGAAAGAAAAUAACCAGAAAAAUGAUGACGUUGAUAUCAAAAUUUAAUUAAAUGAUUUCUUUAUUUUUAAUUUUAUAUAAAAUAGUAAAACAAAAAUGGAAUGUUAUUAUGCAGAACAAUUCUAUCAUAUUAAAAUAACGAAUAAUGUUUUA